AAGAAGCUCGCGGUCUUUGUUCAUUCAUUUGAUCUGCUGAGAUUCUUUGUUGAAGUGAAAGCAUGGGAGCUCAAACCUCUAAGACCGGUGCAAAAGAUGAAACUGCCACCGAAAAAUCGUCUGAGGCAGUUGCUAAAACAAACGGACAGGAGAAUGGGCAUGCUAAAACAAAUGGAAAUACCUCCUCCUCUGAAGAUGCAUCAAAGGACAAAGAUGAGGUGCAGUCCAAUGGUAAGUCUUCUGCCGACGCAGAGGCUACAGAGGGAGAAGCGAAAGCAGAGGAUGCACCAGCAGAGAAAAGUGGUGCUGAGGAAGACACUCAGAAUACUUCUGUAGUCAAUGGUGAAGAGGCAGCCAAAACAGAAGAUGAAGGAACACCCUCAGCAAGUGGUGAGCCUGCUAAACAGAAGAAACGCUUCUCCUUCAAGAAACCAUUUAAACUCAGCGGCUUCUCGUUUAAAAAGAACAACAAGAAGGAAGAGGGGGCUGAUGGAGAAGAAGCUGCUGCACCUGCUGAGGAUGAUAAGGAAAAAGGGGAUGGAGAGGCCGCAGGAGAAGAACCGCAGGCCGAAACCACCAAUGAAGAGGGAGAGAAGGACGCUCCAACACAGGAGCCCAAACCUGAAGAAUCAAGCGGAGGAAGCGAGGCAAAGCCCUCUGAGGAGGUCGCUGCUGAGAAGGCUACCGAGUCUGUAACUGAAGAAAAAGAAGCUGUUGAUAAUUCUGAGGCCCCUGCCGCCGCCGCCGCCGCUGCUGCUGCAGAGUAA